AGAUGCGGCCAAACGUGCUGCCGGCGCUCUGCUGAUAAACUCCACAGUUACCUGAAGAGAAGAGGAAAAGAAGCGGCCGACAGGUGGUUGUUUGCGGGCACUCUGCACUGUUGCGCACACAGUUUCCACCGCGCACCGCCACGAUGCUGUUACAGUCCGGCACCCUGCUACUGCUGGCGGCUCUCUACUGCACUAUAGACCUGACCCGGGCUGAGGGCUGUGGGACAUCAUGUGGAAAAUGUGACUGCAGUGGUGUGAAAGGAGCAAAGGGUGAGCGUGGGUUUCCUGGUCUUCAGGGUAAUAUGGGAUUUCCAGGGAUGCAGGGACCUGAAGGGCCUCCAGGACCGAUGGGACCAGCUGGAGGUGUAGGUGAUCCUGGAGCUCCUGGACUGAAAGGAGUCAGAGGCCCUCCUGGUCUGCCAGGUUUCCCAGGAAACCCAGGACUACCGGGAAUCAAUGGAAAUGAUGGUCCACCAGGUCAGCCAGGUAUCCCAGGAUGCAAUGGGACUAAAGGAGACACAGGAAGGGAUGGCACUCCUGGUUUUCCAGGUCUUCAAGGACCUCCUGGCGUUCCAGGAAUUCCUGGUAUGAAGGGUGACCCUGGUGGUGUGAUUGGCAUUGUUCCCCUAAAAGGAGAUAGAGGAUUCCCUGGCACACAUGGAUUACCUGGAUCAAGUGGACUCCCUGGACCAAUUGGACCUCCAGGACCUCGAGGCUAUCAAGGGCCCAAAGGUGACCCUGGUCUUCCUGGCCCACCUGGAGAGAAGGGAGACAGGCUGGCCUUUGUGAGUGAGAAAGGAGAUAAGGGUGAGCAAGGAUUCCGUGGCCCACCCGGCCCUCCUGGACCAUAUCUGGGACACGAAGGAGGACCUACUGUGGAGCAUGUGCCUGGACCUCGGGGUGAAAGAGGACCUCAAGGACUCAAAGGAGACAAAGGCGUUUGCAUCCCGUAUCACGCUGGUGUCAAAGGUGAACAAGGCCCACCUGGAUCAAGAGGCAAAGCCGGCAAGGAUGGCGAUAAUGGGCUGAAGGGAGAAAAAGGAUUCCCCGGUGGUCACGGCUAUACUGGUUCACAGGGUGAAAAGGGAGAAAGAGGACCACCAGGUUUCGGUAAUGGUGCCCCUGGUCCUCCCGGUCCUCGUGGUCUUCCAGGGUUCCAAGGAGAAAAAGGUUUUCCUGGUCCUCAGGGAGAGGCAGGUCCUCCAGGCCGGCACAUUGAAGGGCCUCGAGGAGAAAGAGGUCAGAAGGGAAAUGUUGGUGAGAAAGGAGACCGGGGAAUAGACGGAGAGUCUCUCGUUGGACCUCCAGGACAACCAGGAAACCCUGGACUCCCUGGACCAGCUGGACUACCGGUUGAUCCCAAUUCAUGUCGUGGCAUCCAGAAAGGAGCUCCUGGCCCACCUGGACCUGCAGGGUUACAAGGGGAACUGGGACAGAAAGGUGACAGAGGAGAUACCUGUGUUGAGUGUGAAGGCUUCGGCCCACCUGGAUUACCUGGCCCCGAGGGCCCUAAAGGAGAUCGAGGACCUCCUGGGCCAGUAGGAGGCAAGGGAGAAAAGGGUAAAUCUGGCUUUCCUGGACAAUCUGGAAGACCUGGUACUCAAGGCACUCCUGGGUUAAUUGGAGCCCCUGGUGCUGUUGGUGAACCAGGAGACAUUUUUGCAGGUCCUGGUCUCAAGGGGGACAAAGGUCUGCCUGGUCUUUCUGGUUCGCCUGGGCGGCCCGGGCUGGAUGGGCAGCCAGGGAGGGAUGGCCUCCCAGGUAUACCUGGCUUCAAAGGAGAACCGGCCAAAGAGGGCAUAAAGGGUGAGCGUGGACCAGAUGGGGACCCUGGACUUGCUGGGCCUACGGGAGAAAGGGGUGCACCUGGUCUGCCAGGCCUCGGUCAACCUGGAUUGAGUGGAGAGAAGGGCAGUCAGGGGAGACCGGGCCUUCCUGGAACUCCUGGAUCACCUGGUGUCAAGGGUGAGCCUGGUCAAGGUGUGAUCACCCCUGGACCUCAGGGAGUACCUGGACCACGUGGAAAUAUUGGCAUACCUGGACUUCAAGGUGAAAGAGGCCUUCCAGGAGAUUCGGGGUUGCCAGGUUUCCCUGGAUUAAAGGGUGACCAAGGAUCACCUGGAAUUGGAUUUCCAGGCCCAAGUGGUCCUAAAGGAAUCAGUGGAAUUCCAGGAGCUCCAGGAUUACCAGGAGAACCAGGAAGACCAGGACAGGAUGGCUUGACUGGACAAUCUGGUCCACCUGGACCAAAAGGUGAACCAGGACGGGGUCUUCCAGGCCCAAAGGGCUCACAGGGCCUCCCAGGAAUUACUGGUUUCCCGGGAGACAAGGGUGGAAUUGGACAUCCUGGUAUUCCUGGAGGAGAAGGCAAGACUGGACUACCAGGACCUCAGGGAAUCAAAGGUGAAGUGGGACCCCCAGGACCUCCUGGACAGGUUGGCUUGCCAGGUAGUCCAGGAAAAGGCUCGCCAGGAUCUCCCGGACCACAAGGACCAGCUGGGGAGCCUGGUCCACACGGUAGGGAAGGUGUAAAGGGAGAACCGGGCUACCCAGGUCCUCCUGGUCUGGACAUGCCAGGGCCUCAGGGAGAAAAGGGAACCCCCGGCUACCCAGGAUCCCCAGGUUCUAAAGGACUGCCAGGACCACCAGGCCCAGCCGGCAGGGAUGGACUGAUUGGAAACCAAGGUCCUAAGGGUGAAAUGGGGGUCAUUGGGACACCAGGAAUACCAGGAUUUCCUGGACCACCCGGUACAGCUGGAUCUACUGGGCUGAGAGGUGAUCCUGGUAUUACUGGACCAAGAGGUACUAUUGGAGAGCCUGGAGCUAAAGGAGAAAGGGGAGAUCGAGGUCUCCAGGGACCACCUGGAAACAUGAGCGAAGUUGACAUGGAGCACAUGAAGGGAGAGAAGGGAGACCUGGGAGAUCCAGGUAAACGUGGCUUCGCUGGAGACAAGGGCCACCGUGGAGUUAUUGGUAACCCUGGAAUGCCGGGCAAAGAUGGAGAGCCUGGAUUACCUGGACAACCAGGUGAGAAAGGUGACCCUGGUUUUCCCGGAGACCCUGGCUCUAUCGGACAACCUGGACAGAAAGGAUCUGUAGGAGAGAUGGGAAUACCUGGUCCGGUUGGUCCAAAGGGUACUAAAGGAGAUAUUGGCACACCUGGACAUCCUGGAUUCAGAGGCACGGAUGGAUUGAAAGGAGACAAAGGAGUAGCUGGUGAUCCAGGUCUUGGGCUCCCAGGACAUCCAGGAGAAAAGGGUCAGACAGGCCAGCCAGGAUUCCCAGGAACACAAGGAGAGAGAGGUCCAAAGGGUCAUGAGGGUAUGCCCGGCAAACCAGGACUGCAAGGAGGCAAGGGAGACAAAGGAAGCAUUGGGUUUACAGGUCAGUCAGGUAGACCAGGAGAGAAGGGUACCCCUGGUCUUCCGGGGUCUCAAGGUGAACCUGGUCGUGAUGGUCGGCCUGGUGAAGGUGGCAUGCAGGGACCUCCCGGGGUGCCUGGAGAGAAGGGAGAUCCUGGAGUUGAUGGCAUCCCUGGAUCCUCGGGGGAGAGAGGAGACCCAGGUAUAUCUGGCCAAGGUUUCGGCGGACCACCGGGAACGCUUGGCAGCAAAGGUGACAAAGGUAGUCAUGGCCUUCCUGGCACUCCGGGUCAUCCAGGUGUUCCUGGAAUCAAAGGCGACAAGGGGCUUCCAGGUGGACAGGGACCGCAGGGUGAGACAGGAGAGAGGGGGGUCCCAGGUAUCUCUCUGGAGGGCCCUAAGGGAGACAAGGGAGAAACAGGACAACCCGGAGAAGCAGGAUCCCCGGGAGGACCAGGACCCUCUGGUGUGCCUGGCAGAGAUGGCGUAAAGGGGGACAAAGGAGACCAGGGUCUCCCUGGUUUCCAGGGAGAGACGGGACAUAAGGGUGACCCUGGAGUUCCUGGAUUUCCUGGACCAACUGGCCUACCAGGUAUUGAUGGACAGAAGGGAGAGAUUGGAUUGCAUGGCGUCCCUGGCUUCCCAGGUUUAAAGGGUAAUUUUGGUGACGCUGGAUUCAAAGGAGAGAUUGGAGACAGAGGAUUCCCAGGAGAAAAGGGCAAUCAAGGCCCCCCUGGUUCCCCGGGUCCCAGCAUCUUCAUCAAAGGAGACAUCGGGUUCCCAGGGAUUCAAGGCUCACCGGGACCUCAGGGACCAUCUGGGCUGCCUGGACAGAAAGGACAGCAAGGCAUGACAGGUUUUCCAGGGCCAAAAGGCGAAGAUGGCCUCCCUGGAUAUCACGGUCAGGCUGGUGGCAAAGGAGAGCCUGGGCUUCCAGGGCCACAAGGACCCAGAGGACACCCUGGCCCCCCAGGACCUGAUGGUGUUCCAGGUCAGGUGGGUCAUCCGGGCCCGUCCUCCAUGGAUCAUGGGUUCCUGGUAACCCGCCACAGCCAAACAGUGGAGGUUCCAUACUGCCCUCAGGGAACCACGCUCAUUUAUGAUGGCUACUCCUUGCUCUACGUACAAGGAAACGAACGCUCCCAUGGACAGGACUUAGGUACGGCGGGCAGCUGUCUAAGGAAGUUCAGCCCCAUGCCCUUCCUCUUCUGUAACAUCAACAACGUUUGCAACUUUGCCUCCCGUAAUGACUACUCCUACUGGCUCACCUCUCCUGAGCCCAUGCCCAUGAGCAUGGCACCCAUCACUGGUGAAGGCAUCAAACCCUUCAUUAGCAGGUGUUCUGUGUGUGAAGCCCCAGCCAUGGUGAUAGCAGUUCACAGUCAAACCAUCAUGAUCCCACCGUGCCCUCACGGCUGGGACUCUCUGUGGAUUGGCUACUCCUUCGUCAUGCACACCAGUGCUGGUGCUGAGGGAUCGGGCCAGGCUCUGGCCUCUCCUGGUUCCUGCCUGGAGGAAUUCCGCAGUGCUCCCUUCAUCGAGUGUCACGGACGUGGAACCUGCAACUACUACGCCAACUCCUACAGCUUCUGGCUCGCCACCAUUGAAGACUCUGAGAUGUUUACGAGACCCGUCCCAACAACACUAAAAGCAGGCAGUCUCCGAACACACAUAAGCCGCUGUCAGGUGUGCAUGAAGAGGACAUAAAGCCCAAACACCAGACUCCUCCCUCCUAACCUGUGAGCAGAACGGCGCACGCUUACGUCCUCGACUUGGCUUAACUUGCUGUUUCCAAACGAUGGUGCUAUUUCCCUGCGUGUGAGAGGACCUGGACGGAGGCGUGGUUUGCAAAAUAUCCCGGAGAUUGAACAUUACAAACCAGAGACCAAGUGGCCUUUUUUGCUCCAAUGCAGAACACAACACGAUCACAACAUAUCUCUAAAGAAUUGCACCCAGUUUACCUCUGCACUGAGUUCAUGCCCCCGAAACUGGUAAACUGGUGUUCAUUUUGUGUGAGUCAGGUGCUAUUCAAUCUUACUUAUCUGCCUUAUUCUAUUUUGUUUUUCUCCCUAACUGUGCCACAGCAUUCAAAGUUAUAGCCACAUUUUUAUUAUAGAUUUUAACUUGUUUAAAUAUACUUAUGUAAAGGAUGGGACUUACCACUGGUUACAAAUCACCAUCACAGACAUAUAACACAAUCACUCUGUUGUAAAUACAAUGCAUUCCUCUCUAACAUAGUCCAACAUACUCUCCUCAGGUUAUUAUUAAAAUACUUUGUGUGUUAUUAAGUCCAUUUUUAUUUAUAAGAUUUAUAAGAAUAUGUUGGACUUGAGUGUAUCUGAGAUUCCAUUGAUCCAAAAACAGUGUUUCAACCAUCAGCGCCUUAUUAACAUACAAAACAGCACUGAAAGAGCAUUGGCCUGUGUGUGUGUGUGUGUGUGUGUGUGUGUGUGUGUGUGUGUGUGUGUGU